AUGACCACAGAUGCUGUGGUCAUGAACGCAUCGUCUGGAGUAAACCAGGUGACGUUCCGCAUGUCGCCCGUGAAGGUGCUGCUGUCCAUGCUGCCAUGUCUUCUGUUCCUUUACAUCAACGGGGUCAUGCUGGUGACGCUCCUGAGAAAGCCUCACAUGCUGGAGUCCUCUCGGUACGUCCUCUUUGGACACCUGCUCCUCAGCGACUCCCUGCAGCUGCUGACCACCAUGUUGCUGUACAUCUUUGCCGUCACCAUGGUCACCAUGAUCAGUUACGUUUGCAUGCUGGUCGUACAGCUGGCGGCCAUCGCUGUGAAACUUUCCCCGCUCAACCUGGCCGUGAUGUCGCUGGAGCGCUACGUGGCCAUCUGCUUUCCGCUCAGGCACGCGAACAUUGUCACCAUCAGGACAACGCGCAUCGCCAUUGUGGUCAUGUGGUCCAUGGCCUCCUUGGACUCGUUCAUCCAGCUCUUGCUCUUUGUCAGGCUGGAGAACACCAGCUUCAUCGUGUCUCAGUACUGCAGUAGAAACAAUGUGUGGCGCCUAAAGAUUUAUAAUACAAUAGACACCAUCUUUAUCAUACUUUACUUUGUGGUAGUGAGUAUAAUUAUCUUCUAUACAUAUAUUGCUAUCAUUUGUGCCGUCAGGUCAGCGUCCACAAACGUCCAGAAUGCCAACAAGGCCCGGAAGACGGUGAUGCUGCACAUGUUUCAGCUAUGCCUGUGUCUCACCUCCACGCUCUUUAACAUGAUCAACUCUGGCGGCCUCUUGUAUGUAAAAGCUGACAUGGCUCUUCAUUUUCAAUAUGCUCUCUUUUUAGGCCUCCUCAUCGUCCCCAAAUGUUUGAGCCCGCUCAUAUACGGCUUCAGAGAUAACACCUUCAGACAUGCCUUCAAGUACUAUUUCACUUUUGGCUGCAAAAGAAAUGUUCAGCAUUCAGCUUGAUGUGAAAUGGUCACGUUUAUGUACUAGAUAUUUUGUUACAUUUCUACGUGUGUAUGCAGUAUCUUUUCUCCCUCUCUUUGUGCAGUACGUUAUAUACAGUACCAGGGACAAACGUUCCCAUGUGUAGGUGUGUCCAAACUUUUGACUGGUACAGUUCGUAAACACACAGGACUUGAUGGAAAAUGUCCUUUGUGUCACUAGAUGCUAAUCGCAUGAGGCGUGGGCGUUGAGAGUGGCGUGGGAACUUUAUCUCAGCCAUAGGAAGGAUGUAAAUUUUGGGGCACAUCAUCAGUAGUGUACCUUUUGAAUCAGUGGGUGUUUUGGCCUUUCAGCACUAAGUUGAUUUAUUCACUGCAAUAUGACAUGUCCCACAAUGUGGUUGUGCUUCAGGGCUGACGUAGCGUGCUGUACUGCGUCGGAUGGUGUCCAUUUCCUUCCCGUUAACAGAGUAUGUACUGUAUAUGUAUGUAUAUGUAUGUAUAACAUAUAACAAACUAGU